AUGGAAAGAUACAGGUAUAUCCCGCUUUCUUCAACUUGCCAGAUCCGCCUCUUGAGGCUUUUUGCCGGACGAGCAGAUGACGAGUUGUCCGGCGAAUUCUUUCAUACAUCCCUCAACUGCGCGCCGCGCUUUACAGCGCUUUCGCACGCGUGGGGUGACCCGGAGCCCCGGAAAGCAAUUCGCUGCUGUGGCCUCAUUGCUGAGGUUGGUCCCAGCUUGCACAGUGCUUUGCGGCAUCUCAGAGGGCCUGAUGACGAUAUCAUCCUCUGGGCGGAUGCGCUGUGCAUCGACCAAGAGAAUAUACCAGAACUCAACGAGCAGGUCAAGAUGAUGGGCGACAUCUACGCCUCGGCGAUUCCCACAGCUAUUUGGCUUGGAGAAGAGUCGGCCGAGGUCAAGAUGGCUUUUGGCUGGUUACGCAACUUCAACAAAGCCACAGAUUCAUGGGAAUCCAAUCAGCAGGCAUGGAAGCACGAUUCUGAGUUCAUCGAUAAACACCAUGCCGAGGCGAUAUUACAGAGUGCUUUCGGUAAUUGCAAGGUACUUGCCUUUAGAAACAUCUGGGCUCUGCUCGACUGUCCGUGGUUUACACGAAAGUGGGCCAUUCAGGAGCUCGUUAAGUCGCGCAUGCCAUUGCUAGUUAGCGGCAGGAAUUGCAUCCCGUGGCCGUUUCUAUCAGCAUGGUUAAGAUUCAUUAGGAAGUGUACAGUUCAGUACGAGGAUUUCAGAUUGUUUUGCCCACGACCUUUUGAGGCUGACUCCAAGGUCUUGGGAAUAUGUGAGCUGCGAGCCACGCUUCUGUGGCGGAUUGCAAACCAAGAAACCCCUCUUUUGCUGUUUCUUCUGACGAGGACGCUGCAGUUCAGAUGCCGCGACCCUCGUGAUCACGUAUUUGCUUUGAUGGGGAUCGCAUCGGACGCAGAACGCUUUCCCCCCACUGAUUACGGGAAGAAAACUGAGGAUGUAUUCCGGCAGCUUGCUUAUGCUUGCGUGUCUGAUACUAUGAACCUCAAACUGCUGUGGUCUCUUCUCUCCUCAAUGCCUUUGGAAAAACGGUUGCAUUCUUGGGUACCUGACAUAGAAAAAGGUGUGGCUAAAUGCGAUGGGGGCGUCCUGCCUACCCAGUUUUCCGUGCAGCAGGAAAGAGACUACAACGCAGGUGGAAAGUCGUUUCCGGAACCGCAAUUAGACCGAGGUCGAAACUUGCUCAAGAUGGUGGGCCGCAUCGUCGAUAAGAUUCAACUUCUUGGGUCCGACAAUAGAAGUCUUAUCAAUGCUCAGACUGUCGAAGGUAUAAUGAAGAUGAGGAGCGAUUUCAGAACCUUCGGGCAGAAUCUCCAACUAUUGCUCCAGCAGAAGUACCAGUGGCUGGAAGAGUGCAUCGCCAUCGCAGCAAAAACUAUCAGCAGAGAUGAUGCCGAGGAGGCGUUCAAAAACGCUCUUCUAAGCGACAAGAUGGUCAGCGAAGAAGCACCUCAAAGCUUAGCGGUGGCGAGGCGAGAAUUCUCUACUUGUCUGCGCCUAAUGAAAGAGGAGGCAUGCAGUGGUCAGCUGUGGUUCUUGGCCGUUUUCAACCGUCUGAGCCUCGAGUCCGGUCACCUCUUGGAAAACAUGAUAUCGGACAAGCUUCAGCGGCGAUUCGGUGGUACGGAGGGCAGGAGAAUAGGCUGGCUACCACCGGUGGCCGAGGAAAGAGACUUUAUCUGUAUCUUUGACGGCAUGGAGCUCCCAUAUGUCAUCCGUCCAGCGGGUAACGGCCGAUACCUCCUCGUUGGUGACUGCAUAAUCAUGGGACUUAUGAUGGGAGAAGGGAUGCAGCUGCCCAAAACGGAGUCGCAGAUAAUAGUGCUUGAAUAG